AUGUCUAACAAGGAGGAUAUCAAGAUCUUCGGCAUGCCGUCCUUCGUGGUCGACUUCCUGAUGGGUGGUGUUUCCGCCGCCGUCUCGAAGACUGCCGCUGCCCCCAUUGAGCGUAUCAAGCUCCUCGUCCAGAACCAGGAUGAGAUGAUCAAGGCUGGCCGUCUUGACCGCCGCUACAAUGGUAUUGCCGACUGCUUCCGCCGUACCACCGCCGACGAGGGUGUCAUGGCCUUGUGGCGUGGCAACACCGCCAACGUCAUCCGUUACUUCCCUACCCAGGCCCUGAACUUCGCCUUCCGUGACAAGUUCAAGAAGAUGUUCGGCUACAAGAAGGACGUCGAUGGCUACGCCAAGUGGAUGGCGGGUAACUUGGCGUCCGGUGGUGCUGCCGGUGCCACCUCGCUCCUCUUCGUCUACUCCCUUGACUACGCCCGUACCCGUCUGGCCAACGACGCCAAGUCUGCCAAGAAGGGUGGUGAGCGCCAGUUCAACGGCCUGAUCGACGUCUACCGCAAGACGAUGGCCACUGACGGUAUCGCUGGUCUGUACCGUGGUUUCGGUCCCUCCGUCGCCGGUAUCGUCGUCUACCGUGGUCUGUACUUCGGCAUGUACGACUCCUUCAAGCCCGUCGUCCUGGUCGGCUCCCUCCAGAACAACUUCCUCGCCUCUUUCCUGCUCGGUUGGUGCGUCACCACCGGUGCCGGUAUCGCCUCGUACCCCCUUGAUACCGUCCGUCGUCGCAUGAUGAUGACCUCUGGCGAGGCCGUCAAGUACAAGAGCUCGUUCGAUGCCUUCCAGCAGAUUGUUGCCAAGGAAGGUGUUAAGUCGCUCUUCAAGGGUGCCGGUGCCAACAUCCUCCGUGGUGUUGCCGGUGCUGGUGUGCUGUCGAUCUAUGACCAGCUCCAGGUCCUGAUCUUCGGCAAGGCCUUCAAGGGCGGCUCUGGUUAA